AUGAGUGAACACAACAACGGAGUUGAAGCAGAGGAUGCUUAUUGGGCACAAGUAGACGAGAUGGAUUUAGAGGGAAUAGCCGAGGUUUUGUUCCAAGACAAAGAGUCUCAGGCUUCCAAAACAAGAGAGCGUCAAAAAGCAGCUAUUGUAGUAGAAAAAGUUGUUAUAAGUGAGAAUGCCCUUUGUAAGCUAGGGAAAACACUUCUGGCAGUGUAUGCCUAUGAUAAUUUUGAUGUAGAGCUGAAAUUGUGCAUUCCUACUGUGGAGAAUCCAGCCGAGUCAUUGAAACAUUUGACCUCAGGCUUGCUCUUUCCACUCCAGUACAACAUCACUCCACAGGAUCUAAAAUGCUCGCAAGAGCUAUGGAUUAAAUCAUCAUUAAACCCCACUAUCACAACAGUGAAUCCAAGGCAGAAACGAACUUACAAAGGAAAUAUAUGUGCUGUAGUGGACUUACUGGCACAGGGUGGGCUUGAUGUCGGCAAUGAAAGAAAACCUGAAGAGAAUGAUCUUGAGGACUAUGUAGUAUUGUUUUAUGGGGAUCUUGGCAUGGGAGAACGUCUCCAGGCUGUCCAAGAACAUUGA